AUGGCGACAAAUGAACUCGGGGAUGGUUCUAGUCCAAAGCCCCACCAAGUGAAUCUUGGAUUCAAGGUCUCCGACGAGUUCGGUUACGACAAUCCCGAUUCGCUCUCUAGAAAUGGCGAGGUGUGGAUAUCUGGUUGCUUCAAUCCGCAUUUCGAGGAAUUCGAGCAAAUCAAAGGUGUUCAAGACGACUUUUCGGAUCCCAGUAGCUCCAUUCAUGCCGACGAGAAACUCAUUGCGUAUACAAAUCGACAUUUCGGUAAGCAGAUCCAACUCAACAUAGAUGAAAAUGACUCGAACGACUACGGCAUCAAGAUUGACAGCCUCAAGGACUCGGGUGGCUUGGAGAUCAUGUUUCACCGGACAGCUGGCGGAGUGUUCAUGCCGGUGUGGCAGCGAGAGGCACUUUGGAUGAGUCUACAAGCACCAUCCGACACAUACUACACAUUGAGGUUCUUUGUGGGACAUAUCAAUGCUGUCUCUGGACUGGAAAUGAAACAAACAAAAGAGGAGCCAGGAGAUAUGGAAGCUACCCCAGACUAUGUGAUCGUCCCGGGCCCGGAGUGGCUCGAUGGAAUUUGCGUCGCACCUGGCAUCGUCAGACAAUUUGUUGCUAUGCCUCUGGGUCUGGUUACACUGUCGAAGGUCAAAAGACGGGAAAAGAGAAGCACGCAGUCCAAGACAUUUAUCGCGAUCGCCAUCCAGCACACAUCUGGAACACUGAAGCUGCGAGACUUAUCCACAUUCACAUCCUGGACCCAGCCUCCUGUGAAGCCGUCACCCACAUCGUCCCACCGGCCGCCGCCAAUCGACACCAUGGGCUACCUCGAAGAGGGCGGGAGCUUCUUUGUCGUGGAAGAGCAGUCCGAGAAUCGUAUUGAUGGAGGAGAAGUCAACAACGUCAAGUCCGUCUCGGCGAUGGAUAAGCACCAAGACAUCAAAACUGAGCCCUCACUUGAUCCAAGACGGCCGACCCAGUGUAAAUGUGGUGUCAGGCUAUGUGAUUGCGUGUAA